UAUUUUAUAAUGGAAAACUCAGUUAAAAUGAUAUACAUAGAAUAUGUAGUUUAUAGUAGUUUAUAUAAGGUCGAUAUUUAUGGGCAGAAAAUAGAGAUUAUGAAGGACAAUGGUAUAAAAAUAAAAAGCAUGGAAUAUAGGAAUUAUAAAAUUUCUAGAUUAAAUAGUAUUUGAUGGAUUGUAUAAAAUUGGAGAUAAUUUGUUAAUAGAUAUUAGAAUGAAAAGAAAGAUGGUUAUGGUAUGUUCAUAUGUUCAGUUAAAAGAAAAUACGUUGGAUUAUGAUUGGAUUGAAAGCAAUAUAAGGAAAAGGAACCUUUAUUUAAAUAAGUGAAUAAAUUCAUUAAAGUGAAUGGAUUGAUGGAAAAAGAAUUAGAUUAGUGGGAUAGGAGGAAUAAUAAACAAAUUGA